AUGAGCUUGGGAGCAACAGAGGAAGGUUCAGCUCCAAAGAUUUAAAUCCCAGCAGAUGUGGAUUGGCAUAUGCUUGACAAAUCAAAAUUCUUCAUCCUUGGAGCAGGUCUCUUCUCAGGUGUGUCGGCUGCUCUCCACCCAGUUGUGGUGCUCAAGACGAGGCAACAAGUCUCACACGCACAGGUCUCUUGCUUCAAGAUGUCGUUCUCCAUCAUGAGGCAUGAAGGCCUGAGAGGAUUUUACAGAGGGUUUGGGACGUCCCUGCUGGGCACAAUCCCAGCGAGAGCCCUCUACAUGACUGCCCUUGAGGUCACCAAAAGCAGUGUUGGGUCAGCCACUGUGAAGCUAGGGCUCUCAGAGACCAGUGCCCUGGCCAUUGCCAAUGCCGCGGCAGGGGUAAGCUCAGCCAUGGCUGCUCAGCUCGUGUGGACCCCAGUCGAUGUGGUGAGCCAGAGAUUAAUGGUCCAAGGCCAAAAAAAUGGCUUCACUAGCAAAAGGAGCUUACUUGGUCAAGGGGGUAUUGGUUCUUGUAGGUACAAAAAUGGUCUUGAUGCAUUCAAGAAAAUACUUUGUGCUGAUGGUCUGAGAGGCCUAUACAGAGGGUUUGGGAUUUCAAUUUUGACAUAUGCACCUUCAAAUUCAGUUUGGUGGGCUUCUUAUUCUGUGGCCAAUAGGCUCAUUAGAGGUGGUUUUGUGGGCAAAAGUGGUGAAAGAAGCCGAAAAGACGGUUCUUCUUAUGGCCACUAA